GUAAAUAAUUCAUGCUAAAUCGUUAGUUAUCAUGUUGGGAGAUUGUGGAGUAGGGAAAACAACAAUUUUAAACAAGUAAGAGAAUCUAUUUAUACAUAGUUUCUUGGAUAUUAUUGCUAAAACUGAGACAACAAUUGGAGUAUAGCAUCAUUCAUUUACAAGAAACAAUAUCAAAUUUUCAAUAUGGGAUACUGCAGGAUAGGAAAAAUAUAGAUCUAUAGUGUCAAGGUUUUUAUUAUUGUUCAUAUCUAGCCAUUAUAAAAGAGCAAAGGCUGCGAUUUUGGUUUAUGAUUGUUCAAAUGAAUCAUCCUUGUUACACAUUGAUAAAUGGAUAGAAGAGCUUGUUUUCUAGGCUGGUGCUAAUGUAAAAAUUGCAUUAAUAGGGGUAAAGAAUCUUAAAUGAAAAUUUGGUUAGAAUAAAACAGAUUUAUAAAGUUUCGAUAUGAAUGAACAUGUUCAAAAGUUAAUAGAAUAAUAUGAUAUUACAUACCAAAUCUAAACGAAUCAUUAAGAUCCAGAGUUCAAAGAUAAGAUGAACUAAUUGUUAGACUAAAUUAGCAUAAGUACUUUAUUAUCUUAUUGUUAUAUUUGGGAUUGAUUCUUCCUAAUCAGUAAAACCAAUCACCAAUAUCCAAUAUUGAUUUAUAAGAGAAUAAUAAUCAAGUUGAUGUGAUAUAAUUCAACCAUUAAGAAGAAAAUUUAUAAAAAGAAAAUAAACAUCUAGAAAGGCCAAUUGAAGUUUCGGCUAUUAAUGGCAAUCCGGAGGGGAAAAAUUGUGAAUGCUG